CUUUAGAAGUCGUCUGCUAUACUUUCACUUUGUCCUAAAUGACCACAGUAUCUGAUCAUCGUUUGACAUUUACCCAGUUGCUAAGUUCAACAGCUGUGUCAGCAUGUAUAAGUCGGACUCUAACUGCACCACUAGAUGUUCUCAAAAUAACAAAACAAGUAGGCACAGUUGAGUCUAAAAGCAGUCUGCAGAGUCUAUGUAAACAUCUGAGAAAACACGAUGGUGUACGCGGAUGCUGGAAAGGAAACAUGAUUGGCUGCAUAAAAGUCUUACCUCACUCCUGGAUUCAUUAUUUGAUUUAUCAACAAUUAAAAUGGGAAUUUUCAGAUGAGCUUGGUAGAUUGUCAAUAGGAAAAAGACUGUCUACAGGAAUUGCUGCGGGAAUUGUGUCUACUGUAGCGGUUUAUCCAUUAGAUGUUGUCAAAACCAGAACUAUUAUUCAACCAUAUGAUAAAACAUUAUCAGCAUAUAAAGGAGUAACAGAUACAUUCCAAAAAAUAUUGUUAAAUGAAGGAAAGGGCACUUUUUACAAAGGACUGCUAACAACUCUAAUUGGAUCUGUACCCUAUGCCAUAACCACAUUUUUAAUGUACGAGGUUCUUGAUCAGUUAUGGAUACAACCAAGAUACAAUCAUUCAACUGUUGAAGUUAUGCUUCAUGGAUGUCUAGCCUCUGCUGCUGCUAUGACUGUUUCAUUUCCAUUUGAUGUUGUCAGAAGGAAAAUGCAGGCACAAAGUCCAGUUUUGGCCAAUAAUGGUGGAGUGGAUGUUACAUUCAUAGGAGCCAAGGAUUGUUUAAGAGCUAUAGCACAAUUCCAAGGAAUUAAAGGUUUUUGGCAAGGAUUGACACCUGCUUUGAUCAGGAUGUUUCCAUACCAUGCCUUGAUGUUUUUAUCCUUUGAUUUAUGUAAGAAGAUAUGCUUAUACCAAAAUGGCUAUUCCCAAAGUAUGAUUGACCAUGCGAUGGACCAGAAUAUUGAUUUAGAUGAACUACAAGAAAUAUUAGAUUACGACAUUGAACUCCCGCAGGAUCAAAUUUCUAAUGAAAGUUGAAAUGAAACGUUCACGUACCAGCUAGAGGAUAAAUAUACAUUUAACUAUGAAUUAGUAUAAUAUAAAUACCCUAACAACUCACA